CUAAGUCCUAACACAAGGAGGAAAAAUUGAGAAUGUGGCUGUCACACUGAUGCCAAAGACAGGAGUAUAAGAGUAUGGGAGGAAGGGGACUGGGAUCACCGGUUAGAGGGUUUGCGACUUCGAGCAUUUGCCGCUGACAUCAGGGCUCUCCAGAGAGAGAACCCACAGCGUGUGUCUAUCUGAGACAGAGGGAGAGAGGGAGAUUGGUUAUAAGUACUGGCUUACAUGAUUGUGGAGGCUGAGAAGUCCCAGGAAGCAUGCUGGACCCCAGCUUGGUGUGGUAGUUAGAAAGCCUGAGAGCCCAAGGGCCAAUGAUGGAGAUUCCAGUAGAGUCUGCAGGCCCGAGAACCAGGACCAGCGAGGACAGGAGAUCAGUGUCCCCACUCAUCAGUCAGAGGCAAGGCAAUCUACCCUCCCUCUGCCUUUUUGUUCUAUUCAGACUCUCAGUGGAUUGCUUGGUCUCCACCCACAGUGAGAAGGGCCAUCUACUUUACUGAGUCUGUCCUUUCAAAUGCUAAUCUCUUCCCAAAACACCCUCACAGACACGUCCAGAAACAAUGUUUAACCAGCUAUCCGGACAUUCUUUGGCCCAGUCCAGUUGACACAUAAAAUUAACCAGCACAGGGCUCCAUGACCUUUCUUGGGUCAUUACCUAGCUUUCCAUGUGUUCGUCAGAUCUCCACAUCCAAGUCCUAAGCUUCUCCAGGGCAGGGACCCUGUCUUCUUUUUUGUGUUCUCUGUAGCUGGCACAGUACUUUCCAUGUACUAAAUGUUCAAUAAAAAUGUGUUGGACGGCUCAUUGAUCCAGUAAACCUAUGUCUGUGCCAAUACGGAAUUGCUCUUGAAAAGCUAUGGGUAAAUCAAUUCUUUGUAAUUGGAAUCUUAUUUCAAAUAUACCAGGGGUGUUCAGCACUUAAAGGGAUGCUAGGUGAAUCUUUUGGGAACCCAAGAGUCCUUCACUCUGUUUUUCACUUUUUAAAGAAAAAGAAGGUGAAUUACAGAGAAAUGAAGUGACUUGUUACAAUCUGUUUUGUUGGUCAAAUUUAAGGUUUAUGAAGGCAAAUAUCCCUGUUAAUUUAGGAAGAGCGUGACUAGGUGAACAGCCUGGCUGUAGGGUUUAUAAUGUCAGAUCAGUAGCAUCAUACCUUUAGCAGGAUUUAUUUUAAUCUGCAGAUACUUAAUGUGUUGAUUGAAACAAAUCUAUUUCAGUAAUAUACUAAUGACUGUUGUCUAUACUGAACAGUUUUGCAGUUUAUGGCAGCUUAGGAAAUAAAAACGAAGGACAAAGGAACAUGCAAACGGAAGAAGCUCCUGGCUGAGAAAAUCACUUACAAAAGAGCCUGGCUCAAAGCAUUUAGUUUUUCUUCUGUGACUUGUGUGAGAAUGAUGAAUGUGCUGGGUGGGUGCCGAGUCUCGGGGUCCUGAGGGUGCGCUCCCAGAUUCAUUGUGGAGGAGAUGAAAAUCUCUUCAGUCAGUAGCUCCAUGUUACGCGUAAGAAAGACGUUGAAAAGAUUUAGUGAAACCUUUUGGACACCUCACUGAUUGAAUUAUUCAUUUUAAAUUGAUCGGGUUUUAUCAACAUCUGUAUUGGGUUGAUUUAGUCUCUGCUUGCUGUGUUCUGGAAUAAAGUAAUUUAUUAGAUGUGAGAAACUUGAGAAGAGAAGCAGAGCUGCGUUGGGUUACUGUUUUUGGAAGAUCGAAAUAAAAGAAAGAAAAGAGUCAAAAUGUGCGUUUGAUUUGCUCUCCUUUGUCUUGAUAGGCGUUUUCACAUGACUUCCGCUUGUCAAAAAUGAUGUUGAAGUUGUCAUUUACCACAAGAGGUACUUCCUUUUCGCUUGGGAUUUUAGUUUCUUGACACGAAACACCGAAUCAUAUAUGAGGGGCAGAAGUUAAUUGGUACCAGUACUGGCUAACGGCGGUUGUACAGACAAAUACCAACUCAUUCGGUUCUUGUCUCUCUGGUGGGGGCAGGCCUUCUUACCCCCACAUUGUGGCUGUGGAAACUGAGACUCAGAGGGGUUUGAUGGCACAGGUGUGUGGGUCCUUGGACGUCAGUGUCCCAACUCGCUGCUCAUCGGCACUGUCUCUCGGGGCUGAGUGUCUUCCUUCAGUUUUUACAUUUAUUAUUAGUGUCAGCUUCCGUGGCUACAGUGUUUCAAAGACAGUGUGAUAUUACUUGCAUAAUAAUGUCUUACAAUAAUAAAAUACAAAUAAUACUAUUCGAGCCACCCGGAAAUGUGGAUAAAUGGGGUCUUUGCAUUAUUCAGACUCAGUAUUUGUGUUCCUCACAGUCUCUAUGUAACCAGAACUGUGUGCUUCCUCAGCUAGGUGUUUGGUGCUAGGCCAGGACAGACGCAAAAGCCGUAACGAGUGGAAAGUCGGUUUUCACGUCAGCACAAUCACAAAUGUUAGGGAUAGAGGUACCCUACGCAUGGGUUUGGAAAACUGAAAACUGAAAUUGAAAAACGUUGCUUGUGACAGCGGGCUUCAGGCUGUGCCCACAGAGCUUUGGGGGUACCCGUCUAGUUUCAUCACCUGUUACAGGUGCUCCCAGGUCAGAAUUGCAGUUCAGUGGAUUUGAACGAGGAACACGCAUGGUGUGAAGUUAAGAAUAGAUUGAUUUAGACUUUUUACCCCCUUUUUUGUUCCCAUGUCCUUUGAUCGAAAUGUAAAUGGAUAAUGCUGUAGACAGAAUACAUUGGGGCAGAUGUGGAAUAACUGGAAAAUCAAAGUCUGUGGAACAAACACAAUGGAAUGCUACGUGGCAAUGAGAAACAAUGAAAUAUGGCCUUUUGUAGCAACGUGGAUGGAACUGGAGAGUGUUAUGCUAAGUAAAAUGAUGUCGUGCCGUAUUUUAAGACAGAGCCAGGCCUGCCGCAGAUUCACCUGGAAGGCAACCGCCUGGUUCUCACUUGCCUCGCUGAAGGGAGCUGGCCUUUGGAGUUCAAGUGGAUGCACAAUGACAGUGAGCUCACCACCUACAGCAGCGAAUAUAAGUACAUUAUCCCGUCCUUACAGAGGCGUGACGCUGGGUUUUACCGCUGUGUGGUGCGAAACAGGAUGGGAGCUCUCUUGCAGAGAAGAUCAGAAGUUCAAGUCGCAUAUAUGGGAAAUUUCAUGGAUACGGACCAGAGGAAAACGGUUUCUCAAGGACACGCAGCCGUUCUCGACUUCCUGCCCAUCAGCAGCUGCCCCAGACCGCAGGUGACGUGGUUUAGAGAAGGGCACAAGAUCGUUCCCAGCAGCAGAAUAGCCAUCACACUGGAAAAUCAACUGGUGAUCCUUGCAGCGACAGCGGGUGAUGCCAGGGUUUACUACGCACAGGCCGUCAACGAACGCAACGGAGACAGCAAGACCAGCCCGCUCGUUCACCUGAGCGUAGCAGGAGAUGCUGGCGCCCCCGAAGCCGUGGCUCCCGUCAUUGUGAUCCCCCCAGGCAACAGAAGUGUGGUGGCCGGGUCCAGCGAGAUCACCUUGGAAUGCGUGGCCAACGCCAGGCCUGUUGAGUUGCUGAGCGUGAACUGGAAGAGAAACGGGGUGAGGGUCACCAGUGGGCUCCACGGCUUUGGGAGACGUCUCACCAUCAGCAACCCGACGUCCGCGGACACCGGGGCAUACGUCUGCGAGGCGACACUGAUGGGAAGCACUUUCGAACCAGCCACGGCGAAAGCCUUUCUUUCUAUCAUAGAGCCACCAUAUUUUACCGCCGAGCCCGAGCGUCGGAUUUUAGUGGACGUGGAAGAAACCGUGGACAUCGUCUGUCGAGCAAUGGGGGUCCCUCUGCCCACUCUCCAGUGGUACAAGGAUGCCGUCUCCAUCGGCAAGCUCCACAAUCCUCGAUACAAGAUGCUUGCGAGCGGAGGCCUGCGCAUCCAGCAUCUGCGUCCAGAGGACUCUGGAAUCUUCCAGUGCUUUGCCAGUAACGAAGGAGGGGAGAUCCAGACCUACACGUACCUGGACGUCACCAAUGUCGCCCCGGCGUUCGCACAGCUGCCAGUGGACACCACGGUCACCGACGGGAUGACAGCCACUCUGAGGUGCGAGGUGUCCGGGGCGCCCAAGCCCGCCAUCACGUGGAGGAGAGGAAAACAUAUUUUGGCCAGUGGCUCUGUGCGCAUUCCUAGGUUUAUGCUUCUGGAAUCCGGGGGUCUGCAGAUAACCCCCGUCUUCAUCCAGGAUGCUGGCAACUACACCUGCUAUGCCACCAACACGGAGGGGUCCCUGAGCGCGUCUGCAGCACUGACUGUGUGGAAUCGUACGUCCAUCGUUAACCCUCCCGAGGACCGCGUGGUGAUUAAGGGGACCACGGCCACUCUGCACUGCGGAGCCACUCAUGACCCCCGGAUCACUCUCCGCUACGUGUGGAAGAAGGACAAUGCAAUCAUCACCCCAUCUGGCAGUUCCAGGAUCGUGGUGGAGAAGGACGGGUCCCUUGUCAUUAGCCAGACGUGGUCGGGUGACAUCGGAGACUACACCUGUGAAAUCCUCUCGGAAGGGGGGAAUGACUCUAGGACGGCCCGGCUGGAGGUGAUUGAACUGCCUCAUUCACCUCAGAACCUCCUGGCCAGCCUGAACUCUUCCCACAGCCACGCCGUGACGCUCUCGUGGGUUCGACCCUUUGACGGAAACAGCCCAGUCCUCUAUUACAUCGUGGAGCUGUCUGAAAACAACUCUCCGUGGAAAGUGCAUCUGUCAAACGUCGGCCCCGAGAUGACAGGCGUCACCGUGCGCGGCCUGACUCCAGCUCGCACCUAUCAGUUCAGGGUGUGUGCCGUGAAUCAAGUGGGCAAGGGUCAGUACAGCGCAGAGACGAGCAGGUUGGUGUUACCCGAAGAGCCGCCCAGCGCUCCCCCGAAGAAUAUCGUGGCCAGCGGGCGUACCAAUCAGUCCAUCAUGGUCCAGUGGCAGCCGCCCCCAGAGACAGAGCACAACGGGGUGCUGCGCGGGUACAUCCUCAGGUACCGCCUGGCCGGCCUGCCCGGGGAGCACCAGCAGCGGAACAUCACCAGCCCGGAGGUCAACUACUGCCUGGUGACCGAGCUGAUCAUCUGGACCCAGUAUGAAAUCCAGGUGGCAGCUUACAACGGGGCGGGCCUGGGAGUCUUCAGCAGGGCCGUGACUGAGUACACCCUACAAGGAGUGCCUACCGCACCCCCCCAGAAUGUGCAGACGGACGCUGUGAAUUCCACAACCAUCCAGUUCCUGUGGAACCCUCCACCUCAGCAGUUCAUCAAUGGCAUCAACCAGGGAUACAAGCUUCUGGCAUGGCCCGCAGAGAUCCCGGAGGCCAUCACUGUGGUCACCAUUGCGCCAGAUUUCCAUGGAGCCCACCACGGGUAUAUAACGAACCUGAAGAAGUUCACUGCCUACUUCACGUCAGUCCUGUGUUUCACCACUCCGGGGGACGGGCCUCCAAGCACGCCUCAGCUCGUACGGACUCAUGAGGACAAGCCAGGAGCUGUGGGACAUCUGAGUUUCACGGAGAUUCUGGACACAUCCCUCAAGGUCAGCUGGCAGGAGCCUCUGGAAAAAAAUGGCGUUAUUACAGGCUACCAGGUCUCCUGGGAGGUAUACGGCAGGAACGGCUCCCGGCUCACCCACACCCUCAACAGCACGACUCAUGAAUACAAAAUUCAAGGACUGUCCUCACUCACCACCUACACCAUCGAUGUGGCUGCCGUCACCGCGGCGGGGGCCGGCCUGGCGACCUCGUCCACCAUUUCUUCCGGGGUGCCGCCAGAGCUCCCUGGUGCCCCGUCCAACCUGGUCAUUUCCAACAUCAGCCCCCGCUCAGCCACACUUCAGUUCCGCCCCGGCUACGACGGGAAGACGUCCAUCUCCAGGUGGAUCGUAGAGGGACAGGUUGGAGCCAUCGGAGAGGAGGAGGAGUGGGUCAGCCUCUACGAGGAGGAGAAUGAGCCUGACGCCCAGACACUGGAGAUCCCAAACCUCACACCCUACACUCAUUACAGAUUUCGAAUGAGGCAGGUGAACAUCGUCGGUGCCAGCCCCUUCAGCCAGUCCUCCCGGGUCAUCCAGACCCUGCAGGCGCCCCCGGACGUGGCUCCGACCAGCAUCACCGUGCGGACUGCUAGUGAGACCAGCCUGCGGCUCCGCUGGGUGCCCCUGCCCGAUUCCCAGUACAACGGGAACCCCGAGUCGGUGGGCUACAGGAUUAAGUACUGGCGCCCCGACCUCCGGCCCCAGGCACUGGCACAGGUCAUCAACGACCGGCUGGAGAGGGAGUUCACCAUCGAGGGGCUGGAGGAGUGGACGGAGUACGAGCUCCAGAUGCAGGCGUUCAACGCCAUCGGCGCCGGGCCCUGGAGCGAGGCGGUGCGGGGCCGCACGCGCGAGUCAGUUCCUUCAGCCGCGCCUGAAAAUGUGUCCGCCGAGGCUGUGAGCUCGACCCAGAUUUUACUGACAUGGGCUUCGGUACCAGAACAGGACCAGAACGGGCUCAUCCUGGGCUACAAGAUCCUGUUCCGGGCCAAAGAGCUGGAUCCCGAGCCCCGCAGCCACGUCGUGCGCGGGAACCACACGCAGUCGGCGCUGCUGACGGGUCUCCGGAAGUUUGUGCUGUACGAGCUCCAGGUGCUGGCGUUCACCCGCAUCGGGAACGGAGUCCCCAGCUCUCCCCUCCUGCUGGAGCGGACCAAGGAUGACGCCCCAGGCCCACCCGUGAGGCUCGUGUUUCCUGAAGUGAGACUCACGUCCGUGCGGAUCGUGUGGCAGCCGCCGGAGGAGCCCAACGGCAUCAUCCUGGGCUACCAGAUCGCCUACCGCCUGGCCAGCAGCAGCCCCAACACGUUCACCACGGUGGAGGUGGGCGCCACGGUGAGGCAGUUCACGGCCACGGAGCUGGCCCCAGAGUCGGCCUACAUCUUUCGGCUGUCGGCCAAGACGAGGCAGGGCUGGGGGGAGCCGCUGGAGGCCACCGUCAUCACCACUGAGAAGAGAGAGCGGCCGGCGCCCCCCAGAGAGCUCCUGGUGCCCCAGGCAGAAGUGACGGCUCGCAGCCUCCGGCUCCAGUGGGUCCCGGGCAGCGACGGGGCCUCCCCCAUCCGCUAUUUCACCGUGCAGGUGCGAGAGCUGCCGGGGGGAGAGUGGCACACGUACUCCUCGUCCAUCAGCCACGAGGCCACGGCCUGUGCUGUCGAAAGGCUGAGGCCCUUCACUUCCUACAAGCUGCGCCUGAAAGCCACCAAUGACAUCGGGGACAGUGACUUCAGUGCGGAGACGGACGCCGUCACCACGCUGCAAGACGUUCCAGGAGAGCCUCCCAGUUCCGUCUCGGUGACACCGCACACGACCUCCUCCGUUCUGAUCCAGUGGCAGCCUCCAAGAGAUGAGAGCCUGAACGGCCUCCUCCAGGGAUACCGGAUCUACUACCGGGAGCUGGAGUCCGAGGCCUCCUCAGCCACGGCCUCCAAGACGCUCAAAACGCCCUCGGCUCUACGGGUCGAGCUCACAGCCCAAAGCAGCUUCAAGACCGUGAACAGCAGCUCCACGUUAACGACGUAUGAAUUAACACAUCUGAAGAAAUACCGGCGCUAUGAGGUCGUCCUGACGGCUUACAACAUCAUCGGCGAGAGCCCCGCCAGCGCACCCGUUGAGGUCUUUGUCGGUGAGGCCGCCCCGGCCAUGGCCCCGCAGAACGUCCAGGUGACCCCGCUCACGGCCAGCCAGCUGGAGGUCACAUGGGAGCCGCCACCACCGGAGAGCCAGAACGGGAACAUCCAGGGCUACAAGGUUUACUACUGGGAGGCAGACAGCCAGAACGAAACAGAGAAGAUGAAGGUCCUGUUCCUGCCGGAGACCGUGCUGAAACUGAAGAACCUGACCGGUCACACCCCUUACCGGGUCAGCAUCUCGGCCUUCAACGCGGCUGGAGACGGGCCCCGGAGUGACCCCAGGCAGGGGCGCACCCACCAGGCCGCUCCGGGGACCCCCAGCUUUUUGGCGUUCUCAGAAAUAACCUCUACCACGCUUAACGUCUCGUGGGGCGAGCCGGUGGCAGCCAAUGGCAUCCUGCAGGGCUACCGAGUGGUCUACGAGCCCUUAGCGCCCGUGCAAGGGGUGAGCAAGGUGGUGACGGUGGACGUGAAGGGGAACUGGCAGCGCUGGCUGAAGGUCCGGGAUCUCACCAAAGGAGUGACCUACUUCUUCCGUGUACAAGCGCGGACCAUCGCCUAUGGCCCCGAGCUGCAAGCGAACGUCACGGCCGGGCCCGCCGAGGGCUCCCCGGGGUCCCCCAGAGAUGUCUCGGUCAGCAAGUCCGCCUCUGAGCUGACCCUGCAGUGGACGGAGGGAAGCGUGGGCAGGACUCCCACCACGGGCUACGUCAUCGAGGUCAGGCCCUCAGAUGAAGGCCUGUGGGACAUGUUUGCGAAGGACAUCCCCCGGAGCGCCACCUCCUACACCGUCAGCCUGGACAAGCUCAGGCAGGGAGUGACGUACGAGUUCCGAGUGGUGGCCGUGAACCAGGCGGGCUACGGGGAGCCCAGCAGCCCCUCUACAGCUGUGUCAGCGCAAGUGGAGACCCCGUUCUACGGGGAGUGGUGGUUCCUCCUGGUGAUGGCGCUGUCCAGCCUGAUCGUCCUGCUGCUGGUGGUGUUUGCUCUGGUCUUGCACGGGCAGAACAAGAGAUACAAGAGCUGCGGCACAGGGAAGAACAUCUCCAACGUGGAGGAGACCGUGACCCUGGACAACGGAGGGUUUGCCGCCUUGGAGCUCAACAGCCGCCACCUCAAUGUCAAGAACACCUUCUCAAAGAAGAACGGGACCAGGUCCCCACCCCGGCCCAGCCCCGGCGGGCUGCACUACUCAGACGAGGACAUCUGCAACAAAUACAACAGCGCCGUGCUGACCGAGAGCACAAACCUCAAGGAGAAGUCUGUGGACGCUUCAGAAUCUGAGGGCACCGACUCCGAAUCUGAGGACACGCCCCCCCAGCACUCCUUCGUCAACCACUACAUGAGCGACCCCACCUACUACAACUCGUGGAAGCGGCGAGCCCCGGGCGGGCGCGCCCCGCACAGGUACGAGGCGGUGGCGGGCGGCGAGGCGGGGCCGCACCUGCACACGGUGGUCACCACACAAAGCGCCGUGUUCGCGCCCGCGGGCCCCGGCGCCCGGACUCCGCUCACCGGCUUCUCCUCCUUCGUGUGACGGCCGCGGCGGGGCCUCCGCGCACCUUCCAGCCUCCUUUUGUUAAGACAAUCAACUCCAGUAACUGAGCUCAAGCUUUUGUUCAAACAAGAAUUCUGAUAAGUGAUGAUUUUACCUACUUGUGAACACUAGAUUUCAAUUAGAAAGGUUUUUUUAACGGCUUUUUGUAACAUCGCUGCAGGAAGCGGGUUUCUUUGUUUUCUUUUCUUUUUACGAGAAGGUGUAUUUCAGUGGUGCGGUGGCGAGGGGACCCCAGACCCCCCCAGUCCUGGGUGUCUCCAUCCCACGCCAAGUAGGGAGGCUGCGGGGGGAGGGGAGCAGGAGGAGCGGGGGUCAAGUGCGAUGUCCGCCCACGUCCAGGCCGCUCCUUCCUCUUCUCUACCUCCUGUGCCUCCGGAGAACCAGCCUGCUCCCACCCGCUCCUGGCCUCUGCGGAGCGAAGUGUGUGCCCCGGGCUGAGCGCUUCUCGGCCCGACCCCAUCCAUCUCUGAAAUAUUCUCAGUCCGCAGUUUGCAGGCAAGGAAUCGGCUUUCAGGUUCCUGGCGAGGGGGCAAGAGAUUCCGAGGGGGGGGGGUCCUCUGACCGGCUGACGGCUCAGCGGUCGCACCUUGCAUCAUUCCAGUGGUGAAAUCCCCGGGGCUUUUCUCUUCCUUUCUUUGCCUGAAGCCAACGGCGCAGAGCAGGGACCCACCCCCAGGGCUGCGAGUGGGCGCGGGCCCUCCCUUCUCGAGCAUAUCCUUCCCGUGAACAGCACACGGCCCACCCCGCGAACCCAGAGAGAGCAAGACGGCGCUUUCAGAAUUGCUUGUUGUGUAAGAGGCGUGCGUUGUUAACCAGAGGAUUUUUUAAAUCUUUUUAUCUUUUUUUAAACUAUGUCACAUGAAAUGAAUGAGUCUCUGCUGUCUCCAGGUGCCUUUUUAUUAAUUGUUUAGCUUUGUACAUGAGAAAGACGGAAAGCGUCGGUGUCUCCAAAUAAAGCGAAACAGCUCUGAGAAAGCGGGGCCCCGAAUUGCCUCCUCCCCGCCAGGCCUCCCGCGAGCGCGGCCCCCCCGGUCUCCUUGUCCUGCCCGCUGCCCACUGCCUUGACCGCCAGUGCUGCUGUCCCUGCCCCCAGCCCAGCCCAGCUUUCAGCCUUAACAGGUUUUCUGGAAACUAUUUUCUCCCCCUUUGCUACUUUAGUUUUCAUCUUUUAGCUACGUGAGAAUAGCAUGAACUACUUUGAAAUUUCGAGAGCCCGAAGUGUAGCUGUGGCUCCAGCCAUCCCAUUAUUCUUCCAAGAGGUGGCCGAGGUGACUGAGGAGCCGGCAGCCAACCCCCCCAGGCCAGAGCCGAGGUCCAGGUGUAACCGGCGGGCGCCCAGAGCUCCUGGAGGGCCCCGCGUCCCCACCUCGCUAGCAGGAGGGUGGCCGUGACAAUGCGCAGCCACCCUGUUGACACCCCCAAGGAGCAGGGGUGACCUGUGACCUGCCAGUGCCCUGACGGUAGGGGAGCCGGUCCUGUGGCCCCAUAUAGAGCGUGUGGUAUCUCCUCGGCUCUAGUCCGUCUACACUUCCGUCGGGCCCUCUGCUUUCCCAGCGGCCGCCUGUGGCCCCCGGAGGCCAAGGAGAGUUUUGUGUUGGGUGAAAAGCCCCUUUUCAGUUUUUCCAACAGUUGACGGUGUGGAAAGGUUCCUCUCUCUCUUCUCUCUCUCUCUCUCUCUCUCUCUCUCUCUCUCUCUCCCCCCUCCUUUUCCUUCCCUCCCUUCCUUCUCUCCUUGCUGCCUUCUUUUUCUGAGCGGAGGCAGAAAUAUUCUAAACCAAAAAUCCUAGAUGCUCUGCCCAAAGCCACUUGUGCGUGAGAAUCACCCCCAACAGUUCACCGGACAGGACGCACCUCGGGGCCCCAAGCCCGGCUCCGUCCUCUCGGCCCCAGGACGGCCGGCGAGGGGGCAGGAACCCGCGCGAGGCGACAGGCUGCAAGCUGAACUUCUUGGAAGACAGAUGCCUGGUGGAGAACACGGACAAACUGCCUUCUGUGCACUUCGAGCUCUAAGCCAUACGGACUUCGCUUUAAAAUAUGGGGGAAAGUGUUGUCACGUCUCAGAAUGAGGACCCUUUGGUUGGAGGUGUGCUCUUUGCUUUGGGGUUUUUGCGACAACAUGAAGCUUUUUUUCAGGUUCAUUAUAUUUCCUGUACUUUCUCUUUCUCUGCUUUGACUGAACUUUUUGUGUAUGGGAUCGUCUGUCUGAGGCUCUGCUGGCACCGUGGCUGCUGACGGACCGUUAGCACCUGCGCCCCCCACCCCCCCCGCCCCCCGCCCUGUCCCUCGGGGGCCCUGGCCCAUGAGAGACACCUGCACCAAAGCAACAGACUGGGCGUCCGCAGUUAGGUUUCAGCCUCCCCAGGCAGUGUGGGCGUCCACGAGCAUCAGUCCCCAGCCUCUCACCUUGUAGGGCGGAAAACAGACGCCACACCGUAGGAGAAUAGGUAUUGAUUAGAUUUUAAUCUCCGUCCCAGAACAGAACAAGCAACGUUUCCCUAACCACGGCCAGAUGAAAUGUCCUCAUCUCGCCGUCUUCUGUAGUGACGUCAUUCGGGUGCCUUACGGUGAGCGGUGGCCGAGCCCCCCACGCACUCCCUCAUCCCUCACCGGGCAGGUCGUUGGGCGAUGAGCUGUCCUUCCCGUGUGAGGGUGAGCCAGCAAAGCGGCCAGGCGGGGCCGAGCUCUGUCAGAGCUGGAGGGACGGGACGGGCUGGCCCUCUCCGCCCAGGCACCAGGGCACAGGUUUCCAGGCAGGUGAGCGGCGGGGGUGGCUGCGGGCGGUCCCCGCACCCAACGGGCAUUAAGCACAUCAGCAAGGCCUCACGCACCCCUUCCUGAAUAAAUUGGCCCAGAGCGAACCCUGUCCUGCCCCAGCCUUGCCUUCCGUUUCACUCACCGCCGUGCUUGUAAGGCGUACUCGAUUCAGCGUCGUAGCAGAGGACGGUGUGACGUAGGGCAACGUGGGGGCGCGUCCCCCGCGCCGCGAGCGACGGCAGAGGCCCUCGGCCAGGGAAUCCGUCCAGGCCGCGGGGAGGAAGGGUCGCGCGCACGCUGUAAACUUCUUUUGAUGCUGUGCUUGUAUUUGACCACGACUGGGCUGAAGCAUGGUGUUUGCGUAACGGAUCGUAGCAUGGUCUCUAGUUUUUACGAAUUCUCGGCACACGGUGUAGUCGUUCUCCCAAUGAGCAAUCCAGCCGCGUAUCCAAAUCUGGCUCUCUUGAACUCGGCAUCCCAGUAGCCUGGAUCCGGUCCGGAAGGCGGGAACACCGCAGCAACCCGUGACCCGAGCUAGUCUGCUGAGGCUCCUCUCCAUUCCUCUCAGCGUCGCCUUCCGGUUUAUCGAGAGCUUAGGUCGGUCCUGAAGUUUUCCCGGCAAUGUUUUCUGGAGUUGUGCAGAAUCCCAGAUCUCAUUUGGAAAAAAAAAAAAAAAAAAAAAUGUAGGAUGACAGAGAGGUGCUAUGGGUACGAUUUUUAAUAAAAACAUCAUUUUGUUCCUUA